AAGUCGGUGACGGUGGUUCACGCACACAGCUUACCACUAUCCGUACUACCCGUCCACCCCAAUUCGCUCGCAAUUCCAGUCCGAUUUGGACGUCGUCUCGUUCCUCCCCUCCCCACGUCUUCCGCCGCCGGCGUCUCCGCCGCCGCGGCGAAACCCUAAACCCCGCUGAGCAAAACGUCGCUGUCCGCGCUGCAUAGCUUUGGAGAGGAUGGAACACGGCGUCGCCUCGCACGGCGCGCCGCUCGCCGCCGCGCCGCUCGCCGGACGGCGACCCUGGUUCCCUCUCUCGCCGCCGCCGCCGUCUAUUCAGAUUCAGAAUAGACUUUAUUCGAUCUCGUCGCUCCCACUAAAGGCUAGGCCUUUGAGAAGAUGCGGAACUUCUCUAGCAAGUAACUACGCCAGGCAAACGUCUGAAUUAGUUGAUUUGGACUGGGAGAACCUUGGUUUUGGGAUUCUGCAAACUGACUAUAUGUAUAUCGCAAAAUGCGGGCGGGAUGGGAACUUUGCCGAGGGUGAAAUGGUGCCGUUUGGACCCAUAGCUCUGAACCCAUCUUCUGGAGUCCUAAAUUAUGGACAGGGAUUGUUUGAGGGCCUAAAGGCAUAUAGGAAACCUGAUGGAUCCAUCCUAUUAUUUCGCCCAGAUGAAAAUGCUUUGAGGAUGCGAACUGGUGCUGAGAGGAUGUGCAUGCCUGCUCCUACUGUUGAGCAUUUUAUUGAUGCAGUAAAACAAACUGUUCUAGCAAAUAAGAGAUGGGUGCCUCCUACUGGUAAAGGGUCUUUGUAUAUUAGACCACUACUUAUGGGAAGUGGGGCUGUUCUUGGUCUUGCACCUGCUCCUGAGUAUACAUUCAUUAUAUUUGUCUCCCCUGUCGGGAACUAUUUUAAGGAAGGUUUAGCUCCAAUAAAUUUAAUAGUUGAAGACAAGUUUCAUCGUGCUACUCCUGGUGGAACAGGAGGUGUGAAGACCAUCGGAAAUUAUGCUUCGGUGUUGAUGGCACAAAAUAUUGCAAAGGAGAAAGGCUAUUCUGAUGUUCUCUACUUGGAUGCUGUUUAUAAAAAAUAUAUUGAAGAAGUUUCAUCAUGUAAUAUUUUUGUUGUCAAGGGCAAUGUUAUCUCAACACCGGAAAUAAAAGGAACAAUAUUGCCAGGUAUCACAAGGAAAAGUAUAAUUGAUGUUGCUCUGAGCAAAGGCUUCCAGGUUGAGGAGCGACUUGUAUCAGUGGAUGAACUGCUUGAUGCUGAUGAAGUGUUCUGCACGGGAACUGCUGUCGUAGUGUCUCCUGUUGGGAGUAUUACAUAUCAAGGGACAAGGGUGGAAUAUGGCCACCAAGGCGUCGGCGUCGUGUCUCAGCAGCUGUAUACUUCGCUGACGAGUCUCCAGAUGGGCCAAACGGAGGACUGCAUGGGCUGGACCGUGCAGCUGAAUUAGCACCGAACCGAGCGUGCGUGCCGCCCAUGUGUACCCCUUCAGUUUUGUAGCAUCUAAUGGAGAGGCCUUCCGUUUUGCUUCAACUGUAAUCGUCAGUUUUGUAGCAUCUACCGGAUUAGAGAGUUGUUUUCGUUGUGGACAGCACCGUGCACGUCUCAUAAUGUGGCCUCCCGUUCUGAAGCA